GCCAAAGCCAAAGCCAGGCCACUCGCAGAAAAGCAGGCCAGAACGGAGCAGAGCAGAGCAGAGCACAACACAGCACAACACAGCACAGCACGAACAGACGCAAAAAGACGCGACAUCGACAAUCUUCCACCAUCAUCUCCUUUUCCCCCGUCAACUCCACUGUUGCUCUCUCCUCAUCUUCCCCCCCUUCCUCCCCUCUGCGCCAUGCGAUCAGUGCAACCUCUGCCAGGACUCGUACAUAUCUCCUCUCAUGAAUAACGAACUAGACGAAUAGACGCCUAUCCAUCUGAAUAAGGAAAUAAACCCUAACCCUCGCUCUACCUUCUACCUUGUACCUCGAUCAUCUUCCCUCGACCUGCCCACCCGCUUCUGGAUGUCUUGUAUAAAGCUGUAAUAUAUUCCGAUCCAACCCCCUUUCUCCUCUUCGACUCUUCUUUAUCCGCCGUCGCAUCAGCAUCAACAACACCUUUUUUCUUACAAUUUCUGGCUAUUCUACCAUGUCGGCCGCUCUCAGCAAGCGGCAGCAGGCGCGCAAUGAGCGCGCCCUUCAGGACUUGAUCAAGACCGUCCCGGGAAAUAAUUUGUGUGCGGAUUGUCAAGCCAGGAAUCCAGGUGAGUCGAUGGAACCCCCAAAAUGUGUUGGUCGCGAUCAAAUGCUAAUGCGACGCAUAGGAUGGGCGAGUUGGAGUGUAAGUUUUCGCGGAUCCUGCUCACGCGUUGCAGUGCAGAAAUGCAAGGUGGGAUGAACUGACAGCCAAUAGCUCGGGAUCUUCCUCUGUAUGAGGUGCGCCGCGUUGCAUCGAAAGCUGGGGACGCAUAUCACCAAAGUCAAGUCUUUGAGUAUGGAUUCGUGGUCUACGGAGCAGGUCGAGGUAUGUUGGGUCGCGCGCGUCUGGGAAUGGCUCUGGCUCACAAUUAGUAGAACAUGAAGCGGCACGGAAACAUUGCCUCGAACCGAGUAUACAAUCCGACCAAUACGAGACCCCCAAUCCCAAUUGAUGCCGACGAAGCAGAUUCGGCGAUGGAAAGGUUUAUUCGACAGAAAUAUCAGAAUGGGAUGAACAAGGCGCGGGAGCCAGUAAGGCCCAAUCAUACAGGAAGUACAGGAGGAUCUGACGAGCCACCACCACUACCACCAAAGCCUGGGAGUAGUAGGUUUGGAUUCCGAUCGGCGUCUUCGAUAUUUCCACUCUCUUCAAAGUCGAAACGCGAAGCUGCAGCGAACGCUCGCCAUGAUUUUGAUCAACAAGAGGCGCAAUAUAGACGAUCACCUUCUCCGCCGCCCAAAAAAUCAUCCAGGAUUUUCCGUACGACAUCCGUCAGCAAUGAUUCCCAGGACGACUUGGAGCAAAAGUUGGAUACGCUACGGGAUAUGGGUUUUAGAGACGAUAAGCGAAAUUCGGCUGUGUUAAAGGGAUUCAAUGGGAACUUGGAAAAGUCAAUUGAAACUUUGGUACGACUGGGAGAGGGACAAGCACCAACCCCGGUACCCAAAGAGAAUGGCACGAAACCAACGCCUCGAGCGCGAGCACCCUUAAGUUCAAGUGCCGGAAUAAGCUUUGGAAAUACUGAAGAAAAAGUCGCUCCGUCAAAAGCAUCAAGUAAUCCAUGGGAUAUGCUCGAUGCACCAACACCACCUGCCAACCCACAAUCCUCGCAGUCAACAGGAAACACUCAACCUCAAAGCCCCAUGUCAGACAGCAAUCCUUAUCAUCAACAAUUUAGUAAUUCGAAUCCAUUUGGAUUAAUGCCAUCUCAGUCGCAUGUUAAUUUGAAUCAAUCGUUCCAAAACAUGGCUAUAUCACCCACUGCUUCUCAACCACAACCUCUUUUCCCGAACCAUACAGGUGGAUUUCCCGGUCCUCAGCCUACACCACAACAGCUGAUGUACCAACAAUCCAUGACUCCUCCUGUUCCUUCCAUGGCACAGCAAUACUAUCCUCCUGUCAUCUAUGAGAAUCCUACUCCAUCGCAACAGAAUACCAGUUAUAAUCCGUUUAUGCUGCAACCGCAACAGCAACAGCAGAUUCAACCGCAACAAUCACAACCACAACCGCAAUUCCAAAAUCAACAGCCACCAAUGCUAAACACGAAUGUUGGGAACAAUCCAUUUCUUCAACAACCACGGAGUGGCAGUCAAAGCACGACAUAUAAUAGCCCAAUGGAUAGUGCGUUUCGCUCACCUUCUGCUUUGCAUAGCCACCAAAAUUUGCAACAAUCGAAUCCAUUUCUUCAUAACAAUUCCUCCCAGCCACAACUUCAACAGCAAGUUCAGCAGCAAAUUCAGAAUCAACAGGCUCAGCAGCAACAAAAUUAUCACGUGCAGCAACAGCAGUAUUAUCAACAAUUCCAACAACCAACUCAGCCUGUUGUUUCCCAGCAACCCUUUAAAGCGGAUAACCGGAGUAUCAUGGAUCUUUUCAAUCAUCCUCAAUUGGCACCAACACCAAUGGUAGAUUAUCCACAACAACAACUACCGGAUCCAAUGCAAAACCAAAAUGUAAACAUGAAUGCGGUUUCUCAAAAUUCGCAAUUUCAACCCCAGCAGCAACAACAACAACAACAACAACAACAACAGCAGAUGGGGGUGGUAUCUCCCGUGGGAAGUAAGAACCCAUUCAUGUUGAGUGGAGCGGGAAAUGUACCGAAUCCGGGUGGUCUCGCUAGCGGAGGGGGACAGACAGGUACCUUGGUGUCAUUUGCACCGGUUCCUGCGACGAAUGGACCGAGACAUGUUAGUCAGGAAAGCGUUAGCAUUGAUGCUGGGGGGUGGCAGAAUGGGAGACAUAGCCCUGAUGCUUGGGGGACGAUUAGUGCGAGGAGUAUUAGAUGAGUUGAGAAUGAGAUAGUUCAAAUUAAUAUACCUUUUUUGUGUUUGAUUAUUAUAUUUAUUAUUAUUUUGG